UCUCGCGAGACUUCUCGCUCCUCCGCCUCCUCUGCCGCUCCCUCCGCCGCCGCCUUAGCCUGACACCGGACUCAGCCUCUCCCCUGGCCGAGCACCGGCCCGGCUCCACUGAGGCCCCGGCCCCCCGCCCCGCCUCGCCGCCGCCAUGGCGGACCCUAAAUACGCCGACCUCCCCGGCAUUGCCAGGAACGAGCCAGAUGUUUAUGAAACCAGCGACCUACCUGAGGAUGACCAAGCGGAGUUUGAUGCGGAGGAGCUGACGAGCACAAGUGUGGAGCACAUCAUCGUCAACCCCAAUGCCGCCUACGACAAGUUCAAGGACAAGAGAGUGGGGACAAAGGGACUUGAUUUCUCCGACCGUAUUGGAAAAACCAAGAGGACAGGCUAUGAGUCUGGAGAAUACGAGAUGCUGGGAGAGGGCCUGGGAGUGAAGGAGACCCCCCAGCAGAAGUACCAGCGGCUCCUGCAUGAGGUCCAGGAGCUGACCACCGAGGUUGAGAAAAUCAAGACGACAGUGAAGGAGUCAGCCACCGAGGAGAAGCUGACCCCUGUGGUGCUGGCUAAACAGCUGGCUGCCCUGAAGCAGCAGCUGGUUGCAUCCCACCUGGAAAAGUUGCUGGGCCCAGAUGCCGCGAUCAACCUUACUGACCCCGAUGGAGCUCUGGCUAAGCGCCUGCUGCUGCAGCUGGAAGCAACAAAGAACAGCAAAGGAGUUGGUUCAGGGGCAAAGGCCACCAGUGGGAGCCUCCUAGACAGCAGCCUGGUCACAUAUGAACUGCAUUCUCGGCCUGAGCAGGACAAAUUCUCCCAAGCCGCCAAAGUUGCAGAACUUGAGAAGCGCCUGACAGAGCUGGAAGCAACUGUGCGCUGUGAUCAGGAUGCUCAGAAUCCCCUUUCUGCAGGCCUGCAGGGAGCGUGUCUUAUGGAGACCGUAGAGCUGUUGCAGGCAAAGGUGAGCGCCCUGGACCUCGCGGUUCUGGACCAAGUGGAGGCCCGGCUGCAGAGCGUGCUGGGGAAGGUGAAUGAGAUCGCCAAGCAUAAAGCCUCUGUGGAAGAUGCAGACACGCAGAGCAAGGUGCACCAGCUUUAUGAAACCAUUCAGCGCUGGAGCCCCGUUGCCUCCACCCUCCCCGAGCUGGUGCAGAGACUUGUCACCAUCAAGCAGCUGCAUGAGCAAGCUAUGCAGUUUGGGCAGCUCCUGACACACUUGGACACCACACAGCAGAUGAUUGCCAGUUCCCUCAAGGACAACACUACACUCUUAACGCAGGUGCAGACAACCAUGCGUGAAAACCUGUCCACGGUUGAGGGGAACUUUGCCAACAUUGAUGAACGGAUGAAGAGACUGGGCAAGUGAGCGCCUUCGGGGGAUGGAGCACGGGGGUCACCCCCGCCCCUCGGAUCUUAACAGCUUACGUAGUUCCCCCGUAACUGUAACUCUCGCAUCCCCAUCCCGUUCGACAUUGGGGGCCAGGGGUUUCUUCCUGCAUGUGGGGUUCACACCCCUCUGGUGCACACAGAGUGGCAGCUGGGGGGGAUUAGAUGCUGGUCUCUCCUUCGGCCCCGGGCCCAGCCACACGCUAGCCCGCGUCCAGUACCGCGCUGCCCGGUGUGGGGACGCUGGGUCCCAUCCUGCCGCGCGGCCCCCCCCGCCCCGGCUGGCUGCAAGUCCGUACAGCUGUUUCUGACCAUUAAAAGCUGUUGUACUCGGUGUGGUCUCUGCUGUG